AUGUCAGAAGAGCACCCGAGUACGACCACAGUGCCGGUCACAAAUCCGGUGAAAACUCACGUCAAGGAUCCGAAAAAGGUGGAGGCAGGACGCAGGCUUCCUAAGAUCAGUCAGGAGGCACAAGCCAGGAAGCGCGCACAACUUGAAGCAAUUAAGGAAGAGCAAAACGUUUUUGAUAUAGAGAAUAAAUGUGAAGGGUCAGGUGGAGAUACAGCGAUUACCCUGGAGAGAGUUGGUAUGGUGGUGGGUAUUACUGUGGGACUUGGAUCCCUCUACAUCAUGUGGUGUAAUCGUCGGGAAAAGAGCGAAAAGAUGGAGGAAAGCAAAUCCGCAGAAAAAUCGCAGGGUGACCCUGACCUGUUUGACCGGGACUAG